UAUAAAGUGAAGUAAUCCUACCUUUAGUUUUUCAAAAUUGUCGCUUUAAUUUCUUGUCCCUCAUGGGCUACAUUCUCCUUUCAUUUGGUCUCUCUAAUAAAAAUCUAUAAAAGGAGAACAACUCCCCAAUCCUCAACCAUGCACAUUUAACCAAUAUCUCUUCUAUUUCUUGCAAAAUAUAAAAACUAAUUACAUUCGAAAAGAAAAUGAUAUCCUUAUUUGCGUUUCUUCCCUUCUUAAUUUUCUUGUCAUUUGUUCUACUAUCAUUUUUCCAGCUUUCAUCCAAAAAAUCCAAGAAAAAUCUUCCUCCAUCUCCUCCUAAGCUUCCAUUUAUCGGAAACUUUCAUCAACUGGGCCUACAACCACAUCGUUCGCUCCAAAAACUAUCUAACGAACAUGGUCCAAUGAUGAUGCUUCAGUUCGGCAGCGUGCCUGUCUUGAUCGCAUCAUCAGCCGAAGCAGCUUCACAGAUCAUGAAAACCCAAGACAUGGGCUUUGCUAACAAGCCCAUGUCAAGUAUUCCCAGCAGGCUCUUUUUCGGACCCAAGGACGUGGCUUUCACCCCAUACGGUGAGUACUGGAGGAACGCCAGAAGCAUUUGCAUGCUUCAGCUUUUGAACAAUAAAAGAGUCCAAUCUUUUAGCAAAAUCAGGGAAGAGGAAACUUCUCUUCUUCUAAAAAAGAUUAAGGACUCAAUCGAUAACUCACAGGUUGUUGAUUUGACGGAGCUGUUUGUGAGCAUGACGAAUGACGUGCUUUGUAGAGUGGCAUUAGGAAGGAAGUAUUGUGACGGGGAAGAAGGGAAAAAGUUUAAGACAUUGUUAUUAGAGUUUGUUGAAUUGUUGGGCGUUUUUAAUAUUGGUGAUUUCAUGCCGUGGCUUGCAUGGGUGAAUCGUUUCAAUGGUUUAAAUGCCAAAGUGGACAAAGUGGCUGCAGAGUUUAGCGCAUUUUUGGAAGGUGUAAUUGAGGAACACAGGGAGACGAAAAUAGAUGACGAAGAGGAAGAGUCAGCAGACUUUGUGGAUAUACUGCUCCAAGUUCAGAAAGAAAACAAAUCGGGUUUUAAGGUUGAAAUGGAUUCAAUUAAAGCUAUUAUAAUGGAUAUGUUUUCUGCAGGAACAGAUACAACCUCCACUCUUUUAGAAUGGACAAUGAAUGAACUCAUGAGGAAUCCAAAAACAUUGCGAAAAUUAAGAGACGAGGUGAGACAAGUCACUGAAGGGAAGUCAGACGUAACAGAGGACGACUUGGAGCACAUGCCUUAUUUAGCAGCAGUGAUCAAAGAGAGUCUACGUCUUCAUUCUCCGGUGCCAUUGCUUCCUCGAGAAGCAAUAAAGGACACCAAAGUGUUGGGCUACGACGUAGCUGCUGGAACUCAAGUCUUUGUUUGUCCCUGGGCCAUCUCCAGAGACCCGACCAUAUGGGAAAAUCCGGAGGAGUUUCAACCAGAAAGGUUUUUGGAUAGUUCUGUGGAUUACAAAGGGCUACAUUUCCGGUUAAUUCCAUUUGGUGCUGGAAGAAGAGGUUGUCCCGGAAUUACAUUCACUAAAGUUGUGAAUGAGUUGGCAUUGGCAAGAAUGUUGUUUCAUUUUGAAUUUUUGUUACCAAAUGGAACAAAACCUGAAGAUUUGGAUGUGGAUGAAGCACUUGGAAUUACAGUUAGGCGAAAGUUUCCUUUGUUAGUUGUUGCAUCUCCACGUAUUUGAUUUCUUAUGUUGUAUGUAGCAAUGGCUAAGGAAGUUGCUUUUCAUCUUGAAA